GGAGUCUGCAAGGGUAAAGGCCUUGUGUCUUUUGUUUUGGAUUUUUUUUUCUUUUUCAGGAUUAGGAUAUGAUGACACUAGUAGCCAAUUCAGUGGGCACUGCACCGAAGAAACAGGGCUUGGCGACAGACAUCCCUUAUAAAUGGCUAUCGUCCUCUGCCUGGGACAAUCUUGCUCGAAGGAAGAAAAAAAUCCAUGCUAAAUCCAAAUCAUUCAGGAUCCAUUCAGGAAUUCACACUCAGCUGAUGACGGGGAGACAAGGUUUGAAAUUCAAUGGCAGUGGUACGAAGGGCACGGAAAUACCAUAGGAAGUGUCUUAGUACAUUCUUGUUUACCACCGGUGAAUUUUACCUUUUCUUUUUAUUUACUAGUACCUUCAUGUGCAAUAAUUAUAUUAAAUUUUAAUUGAUUUA